CGAUCAGAAACAUGUUAUAUGCACCAAGAUAUAAACUGGAGUCGGUGUAGGGCGUAUUGAGGAAUAUUGUGGUAACCAGAUCUCAAUGCCAAGACGAGCUGUUUUCAACUGUUGACGUGACUGGAGAAUUGAACGCAGGAAGAAGAAGACAAAACACAAUUUUGAGCAUAUCGGAAAAUCUACAACGUUCUGCACCUUAUUUUGGGGAUUUGUGUAACCUCUAAAGAGGCAGUGUUGAUUCUCUUACCCACGAAUCAAUGCAGGAUGCAAGAGCACAAGGUCCAACUGGACUGGAUUACCGGAUUAAUGGACUGAUUAUAGGACAAUUAUCGGGCAAAAGUCCUUAUCGCUCUCCAGAUGUUCGUGAAUGAAAGGAUGUAAAACGUGGUCCCGAAAAAGCAUAUUUAUUGGUGCAUCUGCUAUAGGGAUACUUUAUGGGUUAGUUCGUGUAGCCUACAUGUUCAUAACCAGUAUGCAACAGUGUGUAGCCUAGCUCUCACAGAAAAAAGUAUACUGUGUACUGUAGAUGGUAGCCGGCUACGCUGGAAAAUGUGUAGUUAAAUGAAUGAAUAUCUCCGUAUUUUUCUGUAAACUAGGUGUAGAUGCCGCAUGAGCUUUGCGCAUUUGUACUGCCUAACCUUCAGCAUAGAGUGUUGAACAAAUGGAUGUAACCUUGUAGCAACAAGGGAAAUCAUGAACGCUUUAAAAACACUAAAUAUAUUUCAUUCAUCGCACAAGUGAAUCACGUCUGGCACAUGUUCAAUUGUGUAUUGCGUUAGGCUAAUGCGUGAUAUGUCUUUGGGCGUUCAUCUCUGUUUACAGAAAUAGUUAAUUAUAUCUGUAUAUGGCAUGUGAAGGAGGUUAGAAUAACCGCGUAAAAGAGGGGAAAGGCUGGCUCAUAAAUCGAUUAAAUAUCCUCUGUCGUCUUGGAUACAAAACUACCUGUCUCGUGUGAUUUUAGUCGUAGUGUGUGGCACCUGGACAAAUCAACAGGUUGGAAGUUAAAAGGGACAUUUUUUAAGCACGCGCAUCCUACACAGUAAAGGGAUAUGCGUCUUCCUGUCAUAUGUUUCCUUCUCUUCUGGGCUAAAGCCCGGACACUGAAAAAUCUAAAUUAUUCUGUUCCGGAGGAGCAGGGACCUGGAACUGUUAUCGGAAACAUUGCUAAGGAUGCCGGAUUUGGACCGGUGGAGAAAGGAAGCAAAUCGAACUUUCGAGUUCUGGAGAAUUCUGCUCCACAUCUCAUUGAUGUGGAUUCGGAGAGUGGGCUGCUUUUUACCAAACAGCGGAUUGACAGGGAGACAUUGUGCAAACGCAACCCUAAGUGUCAGCUCUCUAUGGAAGUGUUUGCCAACGACAAGGAAAUAUGCAUGAUCAAGAUUGAUGUAGUGGAUAUAAACGACAACUCCCCCAGUUUCCCUUCAGAUCACAUCAAUAUUGAUAUUUCAGAGAACGCAGCUGCUGGGACACGGUUCCCUUUAACAAUUGCACACGACUCAGAUUCUGGACAAAACGGAAUAAAGACUUAUCAGGUCACCAGAGAUGAUUACAAUACAUUUUCUUUGGACUUGAAAUUGAGAGGUGAUGGAACCAUAUAUCCUGAAUUGGUGGUUCAGCGCCCUCUAGAUAGGGAAGAUCAGUCUCAUCACACCCUCCUUUUGACAGCCAUUGAUGGAGGGGAGUAUCCAAGAUCAGGGUCCAUGCAAAUCAAUGUGAGAGUUACUGAUUCAAACGAUAAUAGCCCAGUAUUUGACAAACCCGGCUACAUGCUGGAGCUUCCUGAAAACUCACCGCCUGGGAGAAUGCUGAUAGAUGUGAAUGCAACUGAUCAAGAUGAGGGCAGCAAUGGACAGGUAGUCUAUUCUUUCAGUGGAUAUGCAUCCGAUAGAGUCCAAGAGUUGUUUUCUAUUGAUCCCAAAACAGGUGUCAUUAAGAUUCAGGGAGAAAUUGACUAUGAGGAUAAUCCAACCAUUGAAUUUGACGUGCAGGCCAUGGACCUGGGGCCUAACCCCAUACCUGGCCAUUGUAAGAUUUCAGUCAAAGUGCUUGACAAGAAUGAUAACUGGCCCGUUAUAAGUUUUGUCUCCGUCCGCCAGGGAGCGAUCAGUGAGGCAGCGCCUCCAGAAUCUGUCAUCGCCCUGGUGAGAGUCACUGAUAAGGAUUCUGGGAGGAAUGGCCAGCUCCAGUGCAGGGUGCUUGGCAAUGUACCAUUCAGGCUGCAGGAAAACAAUGAUAAUUUUUACACUCUGCUCACAGACAGACCUCUAGACAGGGAACUGAAAGACGAAUAUAAUGUGACCAUAGUGGCCAGAGACAACGGAAUACCCUCGUUGAAUUACACCAAAUCGUUUACAGUGAAAAUCUUAGAUGAGAAUGAUAAUGCACCGCGUUUCACCAAGACAGUGUAUGUGCUCCAGGUGCCUGAGAACAACAUCCCAGGGGAGUACUUAGGCUCAGUUCUGGCUCAUGAUCCAGAUAUAGGUCAGAAUGGAACUGUGUCUUACUCCAUUUUACCGUCGCACAUCGGAGACGUGUCAGUUUACACCUACGUGUCUGUCAAUCCUACCAACGGAGCCAUUUACGCCUCAAGGUCUUUCAACUACGAACAAACUAAGUUCUUUGAGUUCAAAGUUCAAGCUAAAGACGCAGGGUCUCCUCAUAUGGAGGGCAGUGCCACAGUCAGAGUCAGCGUGCUUGACGUCAAUGACAAUCUACCAGUUAUUGUAUUACCCCUCCUGAUAAAUGACACUGUGGAAAUCAUGGUCCCUGGAAAUGUAGGUCUGGGGUACAUAGUGACCACGGUGAGAGCGGUCGAUCAGGACCACGGGGAGAGCGGUCGUCUGACCUACGAGAUCUGGGAGGGUAACGAGGAGCACCUGUUUGAGAUGGACCCUGUGGCCGGCGAGGUGAGGACUGCCCAUGCUGUGUGGGAGGACGUGGCCCCAGCUGUAGAGCUGGUAGUGAAGGUAACCGACCACGGCAAGCCCCCACUGUCUGCCGUGGCUAAGCUGAUCAUUAAGGCCAACACAGGAGCCAUGGCAGCAGGGGAGUCCAGCGCCAGCGGGGAGCAGCAGCACUGGGACAUGUCCCUGCCCCUCAUCAUCACCCUCUGCAUCAUCUCCCUCAUGCUCCUGGCUGUCAUGACUACCAUCGCCGUUAAGUCCAAGCAUCAAGAUAAGGAGGCUGGGAAUUAUAACUGCCGUAUGGCCGAGUACUCCAACUCCAAUCCCCCGGUUGGAAACGGCAAGAAGAAGAGGAUCAACAAGAGCGACAUCAUGUUGGUGCAGAGCGAGGUGGAGGAGAGGGACUCCGUGAGCAGGAUGAGCGUGGUGAGCAGCCCGUCUCUCAUCACCUCACCUAUCUGUUUCGACUACCAGGCGACCAGCCCCCUGCCUCUCACGCUGCCCAGGUCAGAGGUCAUGUAUCUGAAAACCACUUUCAACAGCCUGACGGUACCUCGGGCUGGCUGUCACUCAAGCUUUGCGGGGCUUACCACAGAGACUCCUAUGGAUAGAAUGUCAGUGAUACAGACGGAUAAUUUUCCUUCGGAGCCGAAUAACGUGGCCAACAGGCAACCAUUUGCUCAAAGCAGCUCAACUUUUAAGGAUGCAGAGCGAGCGAGCCUCCGAGACAGUGGCCAUGGUGAUAGUGACCAGGCUGAUAGUGACCUGGAUACUAAUAAAGGCUGCGCCUGCAACACAUCUGCCAGGGGGGCCCUCAAGAUGAAAGCCACAGCAGUUAAUGGCCAGCCUCUUGACCAGGAACCGCCCUCGGUGUAA